GCAAAGUUUUAAGAUUUUUCCCCAACAACACCUUCAGUCCAAAGUUCCCAACCCUCUCAUGACAAUACCUAUGCCUUGUGCUUGUUUCCUCUCGCCCCCUUCACCAACACCUCCUCUCUAUAAUUACAAACCCUAAUUUCCGAUAUCCAUAUUACCUUCAUUUAUAUCCAAGAAAACCAAAACUUGAAGGUUUUUUUUAGGAUGGAAUCCAACCAUCCGGAUCAUCAAGAUUCGAAGACCUCUAGUACUGAUGAAGAAGCUGAACACCGACGGGAUGUGAACGAUGACAUGGGCACAGGGCGGUCUUACGAGUGUGUGUUUUGCAAGAGAGGUUUCACAACGGCACAGGCCUUGGGAGGACACAUGAAUAUUCACCGGAGAGAGAGAGCCAAGACCAGACCUAGUUCGGAUCCUACUAAUUUGGCUUCGUCGACUAGCAAGGCAGUAGAAGAUCAGAGUAAUCCGAGGGCAGCGGUAUACCAUGCAAUUCAAAGCUACCCGCCACAUUAUUUUAUAGCUCCUCCGGAUGACCAUAUGAACUAUAGAACAUAUGUGCCUGCACCUAAUACAUCAGGGGUGUUAAGGCCCCCACAUGCAAAUCAUAUUAGUGAUGAGGACUUGUGUGCAAGAAAUUAUUUCCCGAGGCAUCGGAAUUUGCUAAGAGAUGAUCAUCAGGAUUGGAGAUCAGGGAGUAGUUCGAGCUUGGGAAUGGGCCGGCCAUCAGAUGAUUACAAGGAGAGAGUGUUUAACGGUGGCAGUGAAGAAGCGGAUGAUGAAUUGGAUUUGGAGCUUCGACUCGGUCAUGAUCCCUAAGUAUAUAUGUUAUUUUUAUCAAACAUUUGAGAGAUUAUAAAUUAUACAUUUUUAUUAAUUAAUUUGUACACUACUUUUUGGUUGUGAGCGCAAUUAUGGAUUUAUCUGUACAUUUUUCCA